AUGGCUUUCGCCAGCCUCUUGGAGCACGUGGGGGGGAUGGGACGUUUCCAGGUGGCUUCGGUGCUUCUCCUGGCCCUGCCCGUCCUCAUGAUGGCCAGUCACAACCUUCUCCAGAACUUCACGGCCGCCAUUAGCGAUCAUCGUUGCCGGCUUCGUUGGGAGGCCAACACCACCAGCCUUGACCUCCAGGACCUGCUGAAGGUCUCGGUUCCUCACGGUGAGCAGUGCCGACGUUUCGUGACACCACAGUGGUGGCUUUUGGAGGUCAACAGCUCAGCUCCCAACAGCAGCUGGCCAGAGACAGAGCCCUGCCAUGAUGGUUGGACCUACGACCACAGUGUCUUCACCAGCACCAUCAUCACUGAGUGGGACCUGGUGUGCAGCUCCCGGGGUCUGAAGCAGUUGGCCCAGUCGCUCUACAUGGCCGGCGUCUUGGUGGGCGGCAUCGUCUUCGGGGGUCUCUCAGACAGGUUCGGCCGCCGGUCUCUGCUCACCUGGUGUUACCUCCAGAUGGGCACCAUGGGGACGUGCUCCUCCUUCGCCCCCACAUUCACCAUCUACUGCCUCUUCCGUUUCCUCACGGGCAUGGCCUUCUCCGGCAUCGUCCUCAACAGCGUCUCCCUCUCUUUGGAGUGGAUGCCCACUCGUACCCGGGCGCUGGUGGGGACCUUCAUGGGUUACUGCUACACCACCGGGCAGUUCCUCCUGGCUGGGAUCGCCUACGCCGUCCCCGACUGGCGUUGGCUGCAGCUCACCGUGUCACUGCCCUUCUUCUGCUUCUUCAUCUACUCCUGGUGGUUAACAGAGUCAGCUCGUUGGUUGGUCAUGGUGGGGAAGCCCCACCAAGCCCUGAAGGAGCUCCAGAAAGUGGCCAGGAUAAAUGGGAAGAAAGAGGAAGGGGACAAGCUCGACAUAGAAGCCUUGAGGUCCUACAUGGAGAAGGAGAUGGCUUCAUCGAGGAGUCGCCACACGGUGGUUGACCUGGUCCGGACGCCUGUCGUACGCCGCAUCUCCUGUUGCCUCUGCUUUGUGUGGUUCUCCACCAGCUUCGCCUACUACGGACUGGCCAUGGACCUGCAAAACUUUGACUUUAACAUCUAUGUGAUCCAGCUCAUCUUCGGGGCCGUGGACAUCCCGGCCAAGCUGGUCUCCAUCAUCACCAUCACCUUCGUGGGGCGACGCUUCACCCAAUCCCUUGCCCUCAUCUUGGCUGGUUUGGCCAUCUUGGCCAAUAUCUUGGUGCCACGAGACCUGCGGGUGCUCCGGACUGCCCUGGCUGUCUUUGGGAAGGGUUGCUUGGCCGCGUCCUUCAACUGCGUCUUCCUCUACACGGGUGAGCUCUACCCCACCGUUAUUCGGCAGACAGGUAUGGGGUUGGCCAACACCAUGGCUCGUCUAGGCAGCAUCACAGCUCCCCUGGUGAAGAUGGCGGGUGAAGUCUUCCCCACGUUGCCCUUCAUCAUCUACGGGGCAGCUCCCGUGGUGUCAGGGCUGGUGGCCAUCUUCCUGCCAGAGACACGGGACACGGCGCUGCCUGAGACCGUGGAGGAGGUGGAGGGCAGGUCUCCAGGUGUCCAAGGAUCCAAAGAUCCUGAGAACCCAGGUCUCCCAGUGCCCAAGGAUCCCAAAGAUCCCGAGGAUCUAGGUCUCCAGGUGCCCAGAUGUCCCAAGGACCCAGAGAUCCAGGUGCCCCAAUGUUCCAAGGACCCCAAGGACCCAGAGAUCCAGGUGCCCCAAUGUCCCAAGGACCCCAAGGACCCAGAGAUCCUGAGAACCCAGGUCUCCAGGUGCCCCAAUGUCUCAAGGACCCAAGAACCCCAAGGACCCAGAGAUCCAGGUGCCCAGAUGUCCCAAGGACCCAAGAACUCCAAGGACCCAGAGAUCCAGGUGCCGCAAUGUCCCAGGGACCCCAAGGACCCAGAGAUCCAGGGCAAUAAAACCGCGAUCGAUAGGCUGAUAGGUAGAUUGAUCGAUCAGAUUGGUAGAUUGAUUGAUCAGAUUGGUAGAUUGAUCGGUCAGAUUGGUAGAUUGAUUGAUCAGAUUGGUAGAUUGAUCGGUCAGAUUGGUAGAUUGAUUGAUCAGAUUGGUAGAUUGAUCGGUCAGAUUGGUAGAUUGAUUGAUCAGAUUGGUAGAUUGAUCGGUCAGAUUGGUAGAUUGAUUGAUCAGAUUGGUAGAUUGAUCGGUCAGAUUGGUAGAUUGAUUGAUCAGAUUGGUAGAUUGAUCGGUCAGAUUGGUAGAUUGAUUGAUCAGAUUGGUAGAUUGAUCGGUCAGAUUGGUAGAUUGAUUGAUCAGAUUGGUAGAUUGAUCGGUCAGAUUGGUAGAUUGAUUGAUCAGAUUGGUAGAUUGAUCGGUCAGAUUGGUAGAUUGAUUGAUCAGAUUGGUAGAUUGAUCGGUCAGAUUGGUAGAUUGAUUGAUCAGAUUGGUAGAUUGAUCGGUCAGAUUGGUAGAUUGAUUGAUCAGAUUGGUAGAUUGAUCGGUCAGAUUGGUAGAUUGAUUGAUCAGAUUGGUAGAUUGAUCGGUCAGAUUGGUAGAUUGAUUGAUCAGAUUGGUAGAUUGAUCGGUCAGAUUGGUAGAUUGAUUGAUCAGAUUGGUAGAUUGAUCGGUCAGAUUGGUAGAUUGAUUGAUCAGAUUGGUAGAUUGAUCGGUCAGAUUGGUAGAUUGAUUGAUCAGAUUGGUAGAUUGAUCGGUCAGAUUGGUAGAUUGAUUGAUCAGAUUGGUAGAUUGAUCGGUCAGAUUGGUAGAUUGAUUGAUCAGAUUGGUAGAUUGAUAGACAGAUGGAUCAAUAGAUACCCCAAGAGACCAAUAAAUUGA